GGAACAUUUCUAAAACUGCGUUCCGUUGUUCGACGUCGGAUUAGUUUAUAUGUAACACCCCCGAAGCUUCCUCUGAAACAAGCGAACUCAUUCAAGUAUCUGUUGCAAGAGGUUUGAAUUUCAAAGAUGUUCCUUACCAGAUCGGAAUAUGACCGUGGGGUGAAUACUUUUUCUCCAGAAGGGAGAUUGUUCCAGGUUGAAUAUGCCAUUGAGGCCAUCAAGCUGGGAUCCACAGCCAUCGGUAUCCAGACCUCAGAGGGGGUCUGUCUGGCUGUUGAGAAGAGGAUUACCUCUCCUUUGAUGGAGCCGAGUAGCAUUGAAAAGAUUGUGGAGAUUGACACACAUAUUGGUUGUGCGAUGAGUGGACUAAUUGCUGAUGCUAAGACCCUCAUCGACAAAGCCAGAGUAGAAACACAAAACCACUGGUUCACCUACAAUGAGACGAUGACUGUUGAGAGUGUGACCCAGGCUGUGUCCAACCUGGCUCUGCAGUUUGGGGAGGAGGAUGCUGACCCUGGUGCUAUGAGUCGGCCAUUUGGUGUCGCACUGCUCUUCGGAGGAUUGGACGAGAAAGGACCCCAGCUCUACCACAUGGACCCCUCAGGCACCUUUGUGCAGUGUGAUGCUCGGGCUAUUGGCUCAGCCUCAGAGGGAGCCCAGAGCUCACUUCAGGAAGUCUACCAUAAGUCCAUGACGUUGAAAGAGGCCAUCAAGUCGUCCCUCACCAUCCUGAAGCAGGUCAUGGAGGAGAAGCUCAAUGCCACCAACAUUGAGCUGGCUACGAUAGAGCCUGGUAAAACCUUCCACAUGUAUUCCAAAGAGGAGCUGGAGGAAGUCAUCAAGGAUAUCUAGAGUGCAGCAGCAGUGAUCUCAAGAUUUAUCUUUGGAGCUCCAGAGCCGGAUGGGUCCCGCUUCAUCAGACGCAUUUCUCACGAUCUUUCUCUCUUUCUCGCCCUUUUCUCCUGGAGUCAGAAUUUCCCAGUUAUAAUGAGAUGCUUCUUUUUGUAAUGUCGGCAUUUCCUUCUCCUCUCUGGAU